AUGCCAGUUACCGUUGUCGCUGCAAAGCCAGCUGCCCAGGAGGUGCAUCCGGAGAAGUACAGAUUCAUUGUAAACUUGACCGAUCCCGUCUUUCGAGGCUGCCACCAUGGCAAACGCAAACAUGACGAUGACAUGGACGCCAUGCUCGAGCGCGCGCGCGCCGCAGGCGUCAAGUCGAUGAUCCUCACCGGGGGCAGCCUGCACGAGUCCCGCGAGGCGAUCGAGCUCGCGCGCCAGCUCGGGUUCUACGCGACCGCGGGCUGCCACCCGACGCGCUCCGCGCAGUUCGACCAGUUCCGCGGCGGGCCCGCGAAGUACCUCGAGGAGCUCGACAAGCUCAUCGCGGAGAACCUGACGGGGAGGGGACGCGUCGUCGCGGUGGGCGAGUGCGGCUUGGAUUAUGACCGCACGCACUUCGCGCCGAAAGACGUUCAGCGGCGACACUUCCGUUCUCAGCUGUCGUUGGCGAAGAAGUACCAUCUGCCGCUGUUCCUGCACUCGCGCGCAGCACACAAGGACUUCGUGCAGAUCCUUCGCGAGGAAGGGUAUGAGAAGGAUGGCGGUAAGGCGGCCGGCGGGAAGGGCGGCGUCGUACACAGCUUCACGGGCACCGCGGAGGAGGCCGCAGAAUUGAUGGACAUGGGCUUUCAUGUAAGCGUGAACGGAUGUAGUCUCAAGACCGCGGAAAAUCUCACCGCCACGAAGUCGAUCCGACCGGACAAGAUCAUGCUAGAGACCGAUGCGCCAUGGUGCUCUAUGACAUCGACACAUGCGUCCAAGGCUUACCUCACGUCUUUGCCUCCCGCGCUCAAUGCCUUGUACUUCCCCCCAGCGACGAAGCCCGAGGCCUUCGUAUACGGCCGCCCUGUGAAAGGGCGCAACGAGCCCGGAGCGAUAGGCGGUGUCGCCUGGGUUGUGUACAAGCUUGCUGAGGGCGCGUCGUUCGAGCAGGUUACGGAAAAGGCAUGGAAGAACACGGUCGAAGUGUUCGGCUUGACAGAGCUACAGUAG